CCGCUUUCACCUGCUGGAGGCGGGGCGGGGGCGGAGCUGAUGCGGAGGGAGGUGACACGAGUGAUCCAGUCGCUUCGCUCCCGGGCAGACCGCAGCCGUCUCUCCUGCUGUCCUAAGGUUGAAAAUGGUCUCCGGGAUGAUCUUGGCCAUGCUGUCUGGCCCACUGUUUUGGGUGGCACUUGGAUGGACUUCAGCAUUUGCUUAUAGUCCACGGACCCCUGACCGAGUCUCAGAAACAGAUAUCCAGAGGCUGCUCCAUGGUGUUAUGGAGCAGCUGGGCAUUGCUAGGCCACGGGUGGAAUAUCCAGCUCACCAAGCCAUGAAUCUUGUUGGCCCACAAAGCAUUGAAGGUGGCGCUCAUGAAGGUCUGCAGCACUUGGGUCCCUUUGGCAACAUCCCCAACAUCGUGGCAGAGUUGACUGGAGAUAACAUUCCUAAGGACUUUAGUGAGGAUCAGGGCUACCCAGACCCUCCAAAUCCUUGUCCCAUUGGAAAAACAGUAGAUGAUGGAUGUCUAGAAAACACCCCUGACACGGCAGAGUUCAGUAGAGAAUUCCAGUUGCACCAGCACCUUUUUGACCCGGAACAUGACUAUCCAGGCUUGGGCAAAUGGAACAAGAAACUCCUUUAUGAGAAGAUGAAGGGAGGACAGAGACGAAAGCGGAGGAGUGUCAAUCCAUAUCUUCAAGGACAGAGACUGGAUAAUGUUGUCGCAAAGAAGUCUGUCCCCCAUUUUUCAGAAGAAGAUAAGGAUCCAGAGUAAAGAGGAGACUUUGAAUGGAAACCCAAGCUGCCUGUUAGGCCUCAGUUAUGCUUACGUGCACGUGUUCUUAGAGCCCCUGUGAAUGGUAGCAUGUUUCUUAUGUAGCUAAUUAUGGAUGAAAAGCGGCUGUAUUUUGAUAUCGCAUUGUCCUUCACACUGAUGGCUCUGCUUUCUGCUAAAUUAGAAUAAAACCUUAUUUAUUUGGGGGUUCUUUUUAAUGUGGAUCUGCAAUAAGCAUUAAAAUUAAAAUGUACAUGUCAACAACAAUUAAAAAAAAUGACACUAUGAAAUGUUCAGAUUUCUUGCAGUUUAAAAUGGCAUUUGGAGCUAUCCUUUUGGGCCAUGUCUGUAAAAAGCUGGCAUUUGAUUUUGAUUAUGCAGUUCACCUAACCCUGGGGCAUUGUUACACACCAAUAAAGAAGGUUGUACUGAAGAGGAAGGAUUGACACAUUUCACUUGGCUGCAUCUUAAUAAAUGUGUAUGCAA